UGUCGCAGCAUGUUUUGCCACUCAGUCCCGACUGAGGGGGCGUGUUCCGGUGGGAAAGUGACGUCAGUGCAUACCCUUAUAGAGGACGUUAAUAGUACGUCGCCACAACCACAUUUUGUUAGGAGGGCUGUGAUCAACGGUACUGUUUUAUAAAAAGCCGCACAGGUACACGAGCUCACCUGUCCCUGCUGCGUCUCCUGUUGCCCGGGGCAGCCGUUACCAUGGGGAAGGCCUUCUCCCAGCCGCCGAGAGGCAAGGACGACAGCCAGGCGGACCUGACGUCCGCGCCGGAGUACAGCGACGUCCACGGCGAGGACAGCAAGGACGUGUCCCAGUUCCCCUACGUGGAGUUCACUGGCCGAGACAGCGUCACCUGCCCCACCUGCCAGGGCACCGGCCGGAUCCCACGGGGCCAGGAGAACCAGCUGGUUGCUCUGAUCCCCUACAGUGACCAGCGGCUGCGGCCCCGGAGAACAAAGCUGUACGUCACGGCAUCCGUGGCCGUCUGCCUCCUCCUGUCCGGCCUCGCGGUCUUCUUCCUCUUCCCUCGCUCCAUCGACGUCUCCUACGUGGGCGUCAAGACCGUCUUCGUCACCUACGACCAGGACAAGAGGAUCGUCUUCCUCAACGUCACGAACACUCUGAACAUCACCAACAACAACUACUACUCUGUGGAGGUGGCCAACAUCACGGCGCAGGUGCAGUUCGCCAAGACUGUGAUCGGGAAGUCCCGCGUCAGCAACGUCACUACCAUCCGCCCUCUGGACAUGCAGCAGAUCGACUACAUGGUUCCCACCGUCAUCGCUGAUGAGAUGAGCUACAUGUAUGACUACUGCACUCUGCAGACCAUUAAGGUGCACAACAUCGUGGUGAUGAUGCAGGUGACUGUUACCACGGCGUACUUUGGUCACGCGGAGCAGGUUUCCCAGGAGAUGUACCAGUACGUGGACUGCGGUGGGAACACCACCUCCUUGCACGGGCAUGCCCAGACGUCCAGCGUCAUCGCGCACCCCGAAUAACAGCCCCGCCCCCUCCGCCCUCCCGCGCGGCCCGCAGCGAGCCCCCCUCAGUCUCCGGUCCUGCCUGGGCUCUUCUUCCGGAAGGUUCCACCGUCUUCAUCUUUACAACGAGAAAAAGCGACGAUGACAAGUGAUCUCCUGCUGUUUUUAGAUGCCGUACAGGUGUGGUGCCAACACGCAGCUGGUUGAAGAUGAGCGUCUGGGGGGGCAGCCAUGCCUGGUGAGCGAGCUUGGGUUCGGGUGGGCGAGAUUACCCCCCCAUUCCACUGGAGUCUCAGUGGUAUUUCGGAAGGGGAUUUUUAAAGGGAGAAAUAUUUAGUGAAAUACGCACUUUAGAUGAGCAGCAGUAAGCUACAGGAGAUGGUCUCUCAGUUCCGGUUCACUCACCUCUCAGAAACACUGACGAAACCACUUUCAAUGGUGUCUGUAUAUAGAAUUAUUCUUUUUUCUGUUUUAACAAAAUCAAAGUAAAAUUAUCUUGUGGUGUUGCGUUUUAA